GCAUUGGAGCGGCUGAGCUGAGCUGGAGGCGGCGGCGGGCGCUGCUUUCGGCUUCUUCCCGCAUCCCUGCCCGGCAUCUCUGCCCGCAGCAGCAGCAGCAGCUGCCAUGCGCCUGAUCCAGAACAUGGGGACCAUCGCCGAGUAUCCCCAGGCGGAGAACGCCACCAGCGGAGGUCGGCUCAUCAAGAUCGCGGUGGUGGGAGCCAGCGGGGUGGGCAAGACCGCCCUGGUAGUCAGGUUUCUCACAAAGCGAUUCAUUGGAGACUACGAACGUAAUGCAGGUAAUCUGUACAGCAGACAGAUUGAAAUUGAUGGAGAGAUGUUUGCAAUUCAAGUGCAAGAUACACCUGGAGUACAGAUGCACAGACACAGCCCGGAUUGUCAUGAACAGCUGAACAAGUGUCUCCGUUGGGCGGAUGCAGUUGUAAUCGUCUUUUCGAUUACCGAUCAUAAAAGUUAUGAACUCCUUGGCCAUUUCCACCAGCAUAUACGGCAGGUCCAUCCCGGCAAUCGAGUUCCCGUCGUUAUCGUAGCGAACAAAGCAGACCUGCUCCAUAUUAAAGAGGUCGAACCUCAGCAUGGACUUCAGCUGGCCGGCAUGCUGGGCUGUAAUUUCUACGAAGUCUCCGUCAGUGAGAACUACAAAGAGGUCUUCUGUGCCUUCCACAGCUUGUGCAAAGAAGUCAGUAAGCAAAAACCCGCCGGCACGCCGGAGAAGCGGAGGACUUCCCUCAUCUCAAGGCCCAAGUCACCCAACAUGCAAGACCUGAAGAGAAGGUUUAAGCAAGCUUUGUCGGCCAAAGUGAGAACCGUGACCUCUGUCUGAAAGGUUGAUUGACCUGGAUGGAAAAAGAAUCUCCACGCUUCCUCUUCUCAGCGAAGAGUCCAUUGGUUCGAAGUCGGGGAACGUUUUUGCUGGCACCAAGGCAACCAAGCAAGAGCGGAGAGAGAGAAAGUGUACGUGUUCCUAUGAUACUGGACUAGGGAGCAUAAAGCAUUAUGCAAAGGAGAAACUCCACCAAAACUUGAAUAAGUUCCUAAAGAAGGGAACUUUGCGUGCUUUUAUGCUGAAAGCAGGAUGUUUUGAAUGCAUUCAAAACAUUGUCAUAUUCUGUGAUGGAGGUUCGGCUAGCUCGGUAUUUACUAUCCUGUUAACUUUAAUUGUAGAAGAAGAUGGGAGAAAAUACUCAGAAUGCCAUUUCUUUCAUUGGAAACAGAUAUCCUUAUGCUAUUGAAUUAGGGCUGGUUUCCUUUAUAACUCUCACUAGGGCA